AUGCCGAAGCUGUAUUUCUUCUUCAUCUAUUUGAUGUGCAGGGUGAGGGCAGGUACAGAAGAACAAUGUCCUGCAUUUACAGGUCUCAGUAUAAGCAGUGCUUUGACUGGCACAAACUUGAAAGUAAAACUAAUGCUGUACACAAGACAAAACCAGAACUGUGCUGAAACACUCAGUUCUGCUGGCUCCAGGUAUCUGAAUGUGACCAAGAAAACUACCCUCAUUGUGCAUGGGUACAGACCCACAGGUUCUCCCCCAAUCUGGAUACAACAAGCAGUACACCUCUUGCUCUCUGUGGAAGACAUGAACAUAAUCAUUGUAGAUUGGAACCGCGGGGCUACGACUCUGCUCUAUCACAGGGCUUCUAGCAACACUAAGAAAGUUGCUGAAUUCUUGAAGACACUUAUAGACCAAAUGUUGGCCGACGGAGCAUCACUUGACUCUGUUUAUAUGAUAGGAAUUAGUCUUGGAGCACAUAUCUCUGGGUUUGUGGGACAGCUGUAUAAUGGCAAACUUGGGAGAAUAACAGGUCUUGACCCAGCAGGCCCCUUAUUUAAUGGGAAACCCCCUGAGGAAAGGUUAGAUCCUACAGAUGCCCAAUUUGUUGAUGUCAUUCAUUCUGAUAUUGAUGGACUAGGCUACAGAGAAGCUUUAGGACAUAUAGACUUCUAUGCCAAUGGAGGAACCGACCAGCCCGGCUGUCCACAAACAAUAUUUUCUGGAUCACAGUAUUUUAAAUGUGACCAUCAGAGGUCUGUUUUCCUGUUCCUGUCAUCCUUGAAAGAGAGCUGCAACAUCACUGCAUACCCCUGUAAUACAUACAGAGAUUACAGGAGCAGCAAGUGUGCCAGCUGUGAGGCUUUCCAGCCCAUGCCAUGCCCCGUCCUGGGUUAUUAUGCUGACAAGUGGAAAAGCUAUUUAAUACUAAAGAAUCCUCCCGUGACUAAAGUGUUUUUUGAUACAUCGGACGAAGAACCAUUCUGCCUUCAUCAUUACUUGGUGGAUAUUAUUAUCUGGAACAAAACUGUUAGAAGAGGCUCCCUCACAAUUAAACUAACAGAUCAAGCUGGGAACACAGCAGAAUCCACAAUCAAUCAUGAAGUUGCAACUUUUCAACAAUACAACCAAACUAGCGUGCUAGCUGGAUUUGACCAGGAUUUUGAAAAAAUUGCAAGAAUUUCCUUGGCAUUUUCCACAGGGUCUGUAAUAGGCCCAAAGCACAAACUCAGGAUUCUUCAAAUGAGGUUAAGGUCAAUUACAAAUCCAGAAAGGCCACAUCUGUGCAGAUAUGACCUUGUACUGCUGGAAAACACUGAAAUAAUCUUCAAACCUAUUCCAUGUGAAAACAUGCAAACUUGAGCCAAGAAAGACUCAGCUGUAUGCCACGUUAUACUGACAACAGCACACAUUUCACAUACUGUGGGGAAAUGGCAGGGGGAAAAAAGGACUAAUUUUCAAGUGUCUUCACAUCUUGUCAUCUGUGGAUGUCAAACUAUAGUGCAAUUCCUCACGCUCUCCAGGUGUCCUGCUGCCUAUGCAGUGACUCUCAAAUCAUUUAUGGUGGUGGUAUUAAAAAAAAAAUGUUUUAGACUCACAAUGCCUUCCAUCCAAGGAGCUCAGAGUGCUUCCCAAACAUAAGCUACUGAGGAACAGCAAGGAUAUUGCAGGAGACUACCGUUCUCGGCUUAUAAACUAGCCAUCUUCAUUUUGAUUAGGAAAUGAUUGGUUAUAAAACAAUUAUUAGAAAUUAUUUAUUUUUUUAAAAGAUGUCUUUUGAUGGUAAAUAAAGCUUUGCCACAAGCCAAUUGAGUGUAGUGGAGGUAUCAU